GUAAACAAUUUUGCUAACUUUUGAUGCUGCAGCAUGCUUCAUUCGUUAUUCGUUCGAAAUACGUUUACAUUACGGUCAUUUUUAUUCGCAAGUUUUCAUAGUUUUUAUUGUUUCAAGAAUGGCUUCUACAUUUACCUCGACGAUGGAUUUCGAACAAAAUGAUGAUUCUUCGUCAAGUUUAGCGUUGGAAAAUCUUACCUUUGAUUCGACGAGUGAUUCAAUUGAACAAAAAUCUUUUGAUGGUGGUGAACAUAAUGAACAAAAAAUAAAGACAUUUCUUCGAAUCCGAUCCGAUGUCGCAAUGGAUUCAAGAUACAAAAUUAAUGGCAAUAAAUUUUUGAUCGAAAAAAAACCUAAAAAAACUGAUGAAUAUUGUUUUGACAAGAUAUUCGGCAUAGAAUCUAGUCAAUUUGAUGUAUUCAAAGAUUGUACUCUGCCAUUACUAAAGGAUUUAAUUGUUGGAAAAAAUUCUUUAGUAUUCACAUUUGGUGUUACAUCAUCCGGAAAAACUUUUACAAUGAAAGGAAAUUUACGGCAGCCUGGUAUUCUUCCAUAUUCAUUUGUCAUACUAUUUCAAACGUUUAUCAAAUCAAUGGAUAUGGGAUUGCCUACAUAUAAGCCAAUAUAUUUUUCUGAUCGUAAACGAUUAACGGAAAGUGAUCAACAAUAUGAAGAUGAAAUACGCAGAUAUAUGGUAGAAAAUUCCAUAAAUGAUGAAGAUUUAAAAAAUUUUGAUAAAACCGAAAAUAUGAUCUGUCAAAAUCAUCAUGAUCAUAUUGAAUCAUUACAAACAUUAUUCAAAGGAAAACAAGAAGUCAACUUAUGGGUUUCUUAUUUCGAAAUCUAUAACGAUUACAUUAUUGAUUUAUUAAAUGUCCGUUAUAAAAAUGAGCCUGAACCAAAAGUAAUGCUCGUUAAAGAUGGCAAAGAUCAAUAUUAUGUAAACGGUCUUCGUCAAGUUUUUGUCAAAUCAGCCUCAGAUGCUUAUAUGGUUUAUCUGUUUGGACAAAAUAAUCUGAAAAAACAUAUUGCUCAGACAGCAUUAAAUUUAAGUUCAAGUCGUUCACACUCAAUUUUCAAGUUAACAUUGGUACGUGUUAAUCAUUCGACUGAACAAUCAUUUACAUCCAGCAUAAAUUUUUGUGAUCUUGCUGGAGCCGAACGUAUCGCUAAAACGGGCAAUGUUGGACAACGUGCAAAAGAAACCAGUAAGAUUAAUCAAUCUUUGUGUCUUUUAAAACAAUGUAUUUCAGCUUUGUCUGAAAAAAAAGAUCAACAUCGAAUUUCAUUUCGUUCUUCGAAAUUAACUCAUGUCUUACAGCCAUAUCUCUUUUCAAAUGGCGGUUCUUUCAGUACAAUAAUAAAUCUCAAUCCUUCAACCCAAUUAUUUGAUGAAUCUAUUUUUUCAUUGAAUUUUUGCAAUAAUAUUAAAUCGGUGCCUACUUCAGUGAUGACACCAUAUAAAAGGCGAUUGACCAUUUUACCUGGUCAUAAUCUUGAUGAUAUUGAUGAAAACGAUGAAUUUGAGGACGAAUAUGAAGAUGAAGAAGAAAAUAAUAAUGAUGAAGAAACGUGUAUGAAAAAAAAUAAUUGUCUUUGUGAUGAAUUAACGAAGGAAAAACAAAUUCUUGAAAAAGAUCUUCAAAGUUGUCAUGAAGAAUAUGGAGAAAUACUUGCCGAUCUUAAAGAUCAAAUGAAAACACUGAAAGAAAAUCACCAAGAAGAAUUAAAACGCAAUGAUAAGCUAUGGUUAUUGCGUAUGGAUUGCAAUAAUGAUAAAUAUCAAUCUGAAUUGGACUCGAAAAUAAGUGAAAAUGAAAAACUCAAAAGUCAAUUAUUCGAGGCCGAAACAGAGUUGGUAGAAUCUCAACAAAAGCAAGAAGAAUUGCAACAAAAAGUUCAAGAAUUCAAUGAUCUUGAACAAAAAUUCAUAACGAUGAUGGCGGAAAAAGAAAACCUAAGGACAAAUGUUAUUUGUUAUGAAAAGGAAAUUACUAAAAUGAUUAGCGAUUCUUUCGAUCAAUUCAAUUGCAAAUUGAACGACAUGAAAAACAUUGAUGAAACAUUAAAACAAUAUACGCUAAUAAUCGAUCAAAAAUUAGAAAAUUUAAAAAAAGUUAACGAAUAUGUUAAAUCUGGUAAAGUUGCUUUGAUUACCGGUUCAAGUUCGGGUAUUGGUGCAGCUAUAGCAUUACAAUUUGCCGAAUAUGGUGCCCGAGUAACAAUAACUGGCCGAGAUUCGGAAACAUUGAAAGCGGUCGGUAAAGAAAUUGAAGAUAAAAGUGGUCAUCGCCCGCUACAAAUCCAUGGUGAUUUUAUUGAUCAAUCGUUUGCCAAUGAAUUGAUUGAAAAAACGAUUACCGAAUAUGGACAAUUGGAUUUUCUUGUAAAUAAUGCUGGCAUUGGAACUAUUGGAGGUCUUGAGAGCGAAAAUUUUAUGGCCGAAUUUGACAAAGUUUUUGCUAUCAAUGUUCGAGCUCCUGUUCAUUUGAUAAAACUUGCUGCGCCACACUUAGAAAAAACUAAAGGAAAUAUAAUAAAUAUUUCCAGUAUUGCAUCACUUGUGCCGUAUUCUUUGAUAUAUGGAUCAUCAAAAGCAGCAUUGGAUAUGGUAACAAAAACUUCGGCCAAAGAAUUAGGACCGAAAGGAAUUCGAGUCAAUUCAAUCAAUCCCGGACCGGUAGUGACAGCAAUCUAUCGUUCAUUGGGUAUUGCUACAAAACCUUUAUACAUGGAAGAGGAAAUUAAAAAACGUACUUUGUUGAAUAUGGCUGCCGAACCGAUUGAAAUUGCUAAUUUAGCAUCAUUUCUUGCUUCUGAUGAUGCACGUAAUAUUACCGGUUCAAUAAUCGUUAGUGAUACCGGUGCUGGUAAAGUUGCUUUGAUUACAGGUUCAAGUUCUGGAAUCGGUGCAGCUAUUGCAUUACAAUUUGCUCAAUAUGGAGCUCGUGUAACAAUAACCGGUCUGGAGACAGAAGAUUUGGAAAAAGUUGGUAAAGAGAUUGAAGAUAAAAGUGGCCAUUGUCCGCUAAAAAUCCAAGGUAAUCUUACCGAUGAAUCGUUUGGCGUUAAAUUGAUCGAAAAAACGAUUGAAGAAUAUGGACAAUUGAAUUUUCUUGUGAAUUGUGCUGGUGUUGCAACUUUGGAUAAAGGACAUGAGAGUGAUAAUCUGAUGGCCGAAUUCGACAGAAUUUUUGCUAUCAAUGUUCGAGCUGCUGUUCAAUUGAUACAACUUGCUGUGCCAUAUUUAGAAAAAACUAAAGGAAAUAUAAUAAAUAUUUCCAGUAUUGCAUCACUUGUACCGGUAUGAAAUGAUUUAAUAAUUAAAAUAAUAAAUUUUCUAUAGAAUAUUUAGUUUUCCUUAUUAUAUAGUUCAUCAAAAGCAGCAGUGGAUAUGAUUACAAAAACCUCAGCCCAAGAAUUAGGACCAAAAGGAAUACGAGUCAAUUCAAUCAACCCUGGACCGAUAAUGACACAAAUCUAUCAUUCAUUGGGUAUGAAACCUGAGGAGGCGGAAGGGUUAAUAAGAAAAUAUGUUUUGCUCGAUAUGGUUGCCUAUCCAAUUGAAAUUGCUAAUUUAGCAUCAUUUCUUGUUUCUGAUGAUGCUCGUAAUAUCACCGGCUCAAUAAUAGUUAGCGAUACUGGUUCAAUGUGUAAGCCAUUAGUAUAAUUUUUUAUGGAAACGUAAUUUUUUUAAAAAAAAAGUUGAUACAUAGAAUUUGAAUAAUAUUGAAUA